GGCCGGGCCCUGAAGAUGGCGGCGGGCACCCCGAGCGGCUCGGCCCGGUAGUAGUGGCCGGACGGCACUCGCCGCGGGGGCCGGCCGCCCCGGGAGUGGCAGCAGCAGCGCCAGGACUCGAGGAUGGUAAAAUGACCCAAGGGAAGAAGAAGAAACGGGCCGCGAACCGCAGUAUCAUGCUGGCCAAGAAGAUCAUCAUUAAGGACGGCGGCACGCCUCAAGGAAUAGGUUCUCCUAGUGUUUAUCAUGCAGUUAUCGUCAUCUUUUUGGAAUUUUUUGCUUGGGGAUUAUUGACGGCACCCACGUUGGUGGUAUUACAUGAAACCUUCCCUAAACAUACAUUUCUGAUGAAUGGCCUAAUUCAAGGAGUAAAGGGUUUGUUGUCAUUCCUCAGUGCCCCGCUUAUUGGUGCUCUUUCUGAUGUUUGGGGCCGAAAAUCCUUCUUGCUGCUAACGGUGUUUUUCACAUGUGCCCCGAUUCCCUUAAUGAAGAUCAGCCCAUGGUGGUACUUCGCUGUCAUCUCCGUGUCUGGGGUUUUUGCAGUGACUUUCUCUGUGGUGUUCGCAUACGUAGCAGAUAUAACUCAAGAACAUGAAAGAAGUAUGGCCUACGGACAGGUCUCAGCAACAUUCGCCGCAAGCUUGGUGAUCAGCCCUGCCAUCGGGGCUUAUCUCGGGCGGGUGUACGGGGACAGCUUGGUGGUGGUCCUGGCCACAGCGAUCGCCCUGCUGGAUAUUUGCUUCAUCCUGGUGGCUGUGCCCGAGUCUCUGCCCGAGAAGAUGCGGCCUGCAUCCUGGGGGGCGCCCAUCUCUUGGGAACAGGCUGACCCCUUUGCAUCCCUGAAGAAAGUGGGCCAGGACUCCAUAGUGCUGCUCAUCUGCAUCACGGUGUUCCUGUCCUACCUGCCCGAGGCCGGCCAGUACUCCAGCUUCUUCCUGUACCUCCGACAGAUAAUGAAGUUUUCACCAGAAAGCGUCGCUGCGUUCAUAGCCGUCCUCGGCAUCCUCUCCAUCAUCGCGCAGACCAUAGUCUUGAGCUUACUUAUGAGAUCAAUUGGAAAUAAGAACACCAUUCUGUUGGGUCUGGGGUUUCAGAUACUACAGCUGGCGUGGUACGGCUUCGGCUCUGAGCCUUGGAUGAUGUGGGCCGCAGGGGCCGUGGCCGCCAUGUCCAGCAUCACCUUCCCCGCUGUCAGCGCACUUGUGUCCCGAACUGCUGAUGCUGAUCAACAAGGUGUCGUUCAAGGAAUGAUAACAGGAAUUCGAGGGCUGUGCAACGGUCUGGGACCAGCUCUUUACGGGUUCAUUUUCUACAUAUUCCACGUGGAACUGAAAGAGCUGCCAAUGACGGGAACAGACUUGGGGACAAACACCAGCCCACAGCACCACUUUGAACAGAAUUCCAUCAUCCCUGGCCCCCCCUUUCUCUUUGGAGCCUGUUCGGUUCUGCUGGCUCUGCUGGUGGCCUUGUUUAUUCCGGAACACACCAACUUAAGCUUGCGGUCCAGCAGCUGGAGAAAGCACUGUGGCGGUCACAGCCAUCCUCAUAGCGCGCAGGCGCCAGGAGAGGCCAAAGAACCCUUACUCCAGGACACCAAUGUGUGACAGGUGACAGCCGCAAUCAGGAAGACUUUUCCACCUGCACCCAGGUCUGAGUGUGCACCUGCAGUACUGAUGUACAUUCCACUUCUGUCUACGAUACACUUGAAGGGUGUCUUAAGAAACGUAUCUGCAUGGACUCCUGGGGACUAAAGGAAGUUUUGGACAGUUUUCCAAAGAUGUUACAAUUUCUUUUGAAAAGAAACCUUUUGUUUAUUAGCACCACUUUCUUGCCACUAAGCUGUUUGUUUUAUUAUAUACAUCCUUUCAUUAAAAACUAUAUGUGACUUCUUAGAUUAGCAAUGUCUCUACCAUUUCCCCAAGUGUUGAGCUUUAACUGUUUAUGCCAACUCGCAGCAGACAGAAUAGGAAGUAUGGCUGUGGACCUGUUCGUUUUUAACCUUGUAAAACCUUGAGUCAGAUUUUACCUUAAAACGUUGGGUCAAAUAAUUCAAAGCCUUAAUACAGAUGCACUAAAGAAAUGGUAAAUGAAUUGCUUGCAUUUUUAAAAACUCAAGAAAAUUGUACUAAAUCUGAAUCAUGUUUUAAGCCUGUUUGUAGUAAUUUUAUUUUAAACAUUCUUCACUACUGUUUUUUAAAUAAAAUCUCGGCCAUGUAGAGGUUCAUUCAGUUGACUGUUUGGAGCCUGUGAUCUAUGUGUUGGCUCGAAGUUGUUCCCCAGCUCGUCAUACCACUGUCCUUCAAUGUUUGCAUAACCCUAACCUCAACACUUGAACAUAAUCUAAACACAUAGUAAAGCUGGUAGCCUUGAAAAUGUCAAUGUGAUAUCUAUAUGUAGAUAAAUAUAUAUAGUGGCCUUUCAGGACUGUCACAGUAACACUUUAUUUACAGAACUAAUGUUUGUCCUAAAUUUUCAGGACCCUAGAAGAGAGCUUUAUACAAUUACUGAUGUGAAUUUCUCUAAAGUGUAUAUUUUUGUGUCCAGUUAUAUUAUUUAAAAAAAAGUGUUACUUUGUAAAAAUUGUACAUAAAGUACUGUAUAGUUUACACUGUUUUCAUCUUGUGUGUGAUUACUGCUUAAUGCUUUUUAAACUUGGAACAUUCACUUAAUGGUUAAAUAAGGUCUUAAGAGAAAUGUAAAUAUUCUGUUAAUAAAAUUAAAUAUUUUAAUGAUUUUUUU